ACAGCUUAUAUAGAAAAUAUUACGCCCUUCGUACACUCAGUACGCUGGCGUCUUGUGGCGACUACCAAAACACGGACCUUGAGCAAUAUUCAUACACGGGAUGAUACGUCAAACCAUGGCUGCACACAGCAGUUCGCACCCGGCUCAAGAAUUGUCAGAGUCUUCGCAAAAUGACGCUCAAUCAGAAUCGAUGUCCAGUUACACCCCCACGGAGCGAAGGAAUAUACUUACAGGAGCAAUAGUCCUAAUGAUUUUCGCAACGGGAGGGCUUGCCAUGUACAUAUCUGACUAUAACCAAGCAGUACAUAUGGACAGUUUUCAAGAUUCAUCAUCACAUAAACAUUCAAGUAGGCGUCAAAUCAGGAGACAGACUUUUGCAUUAGUCUCGGAUAUAGACGAUGAUACGUAUCCCGAUAUAGCCGACAUUUUACGCCCGAUGCAUCCUGAUUAUUUGGUGCUGGGCGGGGACAUAAACUAUGCAGGAGAUCCCCCUUAUAUCGGUGUAAGUUCAAACUUUCCGGCGUAUGCAGAGAACAAAAAUAUCAUUUUUGCGUUUGGUAAUCAUGAUUUUGAAUCCGGCAUCGACGCCUAUGCAAAUUUCUUUGAGAUAUCACCAGGAAUGUCGUACGGCGGAAUCGAGGUGGAGUCCAAAUAUUAUUAUACCAGGAUUACGGGCGAGGUGCAGUGGUUUGUAUUGUGUAGUCAGGGAUACUACUGUGGCGAUGACGAAAAAGGUAUGAAGGAAGGAGGGCAACAGGCUGCAUGGUUAGACCGCGUACUUGCUGAGAGUAGAGCAAACACUGAUAUUAAGUUUCGAUUCGUUGUAAAUCACUGGAGCCCGUUGUCCACUCUGGGAUACUGCUGUGAUGGUGAUUGUGAUUACCGGCUGCACUGGUUUCCCUUUGUCGAGAAUGGCGUAGAUGCCAUAUUCUCUGGGCACGACCACGCCUACCAACGCUUGAGUGUUCCGAAAUCUUCUGAUGGAGAGGUCUCUGUUAAUGGCCACGACUAUACACUUAACGGAUGGGAAGGAUUGACCAUGGUAGUGACAGGCACUGGUAAGAACAACCCUGGUCGAGCAGAAGGCUCCUGUAGUGACCACACAGGCUUCAGCUCGUACAACAAAUAUGACGAGGAUGACGACGCCCGAGGUGUGAUAAUAGCCACUUUGAGCCAGUAUGCGAACGGAGAUGCCCUGGAGUUUUUGUAUAUAGCGACCGACGGUCGGGUCUUGGACAUGUUUUCGGUCCUGAACACGGGACACUUACAAAACACAUGGAAUCACGGUGAACCUGUCGAGCCCUAAGUCAGUGUGAUUAACUCUAAAUAUCCUGUUUCUGUGUGUAGUGCAUACUCUGAACUGUAUAAACUUGUAUUUUGAGUUUUUGUUUUAAUGUGCAUAGAUCUGCAUAUAUAGGUCACCGCAAAACUUCCUGAUGGUAGCAAGCGCUAAGGUGAUGGUUGCGCUCGCGCGUUGUACAACACGACGCAUACAGAAUAUAUACUUUUUGUAGUACUCGAAUGCAUUCGAAGCUGAUAAAAGCUCAGCAUGGCUAGUCGAUGACGAAAGUUACUUGUACAAUAUUGCUGCAAACCUAUAGGUAGGAAAUGAUAGCAAAAGCGACAGUUUGCUAUAAUUCGGCUACUAGAAUUUAGUAUUUAUACAAUAAUCAAAUAAGAUUUAUAAAGCAUAUACAGAAAAC